GAGGCAUCACAAGGAAACGAAACAUCAUCCAUGAUGAAGCUAACAAUUGCCGCCCUAGGACUUAUCCUCGUUGCCGCCGGCAGUACAUUGGCCCAGCCGCAGGGCAGGAUUGCUGGAGGCGAUGAUGCCGUCGUUGGACAGCUGCCCUACCAGGGAGCCCUCUCCAUUGGUGGCAGCUACAACUGUGGCGCUGUUCUCAUUGCCAAGCGGUAUGCCCUCACCGCCCUCACCUGUGUCUGCUCGGAUGGCAAGGAUAAGCCAUGGCCUGCCACUUUGUUCAUGGUCUCCGUGGGCUCCGUGGAUCUGUAUUCUGGCGGCCAGCGUAUUCGCGUGGAGGAAAUCACCAUUAAUCCCAACUAUAAUACCCUGAAGACCGGCAUUGCUUUGCUCCGUCUGGAGCAGGAUGUGAUCUUCAAUGAGGCUGUGGCUGCCAUUCCCCUGGCACGGAACACACCACCUCUAGGCGCCCAUGUGGAGGUCUCUGGCUGGGGUCGCACCACCGAAACGGAAGUGGAUAUGCAUCGCACCCUGCAGAUCGGUGAGGCCGAGGUGAUGGCUCCACGUGAGUGUGCCCUGGGCAAGAACGAAUCAGUACCGGAGAUCAAUGACCAGGUGCUGUGCCUGGGUCAUGGACGUCGUCAAGGUAUCUGCGCUGGAGACAUGGGAGGACCCGCUGUCUACGGCGAAGAACUGGUGGGUCUGGGUGCCCAGAUGCUUGGCGAGUGCGGUGGCAUGCUGCCAGAGAGAUUUGUGAGCAUUGCGUCCAACUACGAUUGGAUCCAGCAGCAAAUCCAAUAAAUUAUAGUUCAAGACGAAAGCAAGA